AUGGAUGCUGAGUAUGACACACUCGGCGAGCUGAUGUCCAAGGGUGAGUUCCAGGGCUUUGGUGAGAAGUUUGUCACGGACGCCACCCAGAAGAUGAAUAAGGCCAAGAAGUUUGAGAAGAAGGAUUCUGCGACGUCUCGAGCUAGCGGUGAGCGCAAGGCAGAGUCAAAGAAAGCAACCAAACCGAAAAGCAAAGGGAAAGAAAAGGAAGUGAAAAACAGAAGGAAAGCAAGUGAAGUGAGUGCGAAUGUGCCCUCUGCGGGCGCGGCUGGUUCAGAUGAGCCGGCCACAACCUACAGAGCUGCCAUCCGGACAGCUCGUGGUGUCGUGGAAGACAUCGGGGAAAAAGCUGCAUCGGCUUCGCGCGGACUAGUUGCGCUCAGCAAAUGCAACGAGCACGCUUCAGAGCGGGAUGGGUUGAAAGUCAUUCAGAGGCAUCAUUUGACUCUUCCAAUCCCGUUGACUCUUUUGAAAAAGUCAGAAGGCGUGUGCUACAAAGGAGACUUGCACGUUAUCCGGCUGAGGGAUUGGCUUCAAUUCAUUGUGGAGCACAACGUGCAACAUAUGCUUACGGGGCUUGCCAAACCAGACGCAGACCGCGAAGAGGCGAUUUUAGUGGAAUUUUGGCGACGGUUUCGUCUGCUCCAUCCAGACCAUGAAGUCUGGCAGCUUUUUGACAGUUCUGAGUCUUUUGCCCUUGAGCGCACUUUUCCCCUCCUCCUUCACGGGGACGAGGGAAGAGGGAAAAAAAAACAAGCUUUUCUCGUAUGUGCCUAUCACAGUAUUCUUGGUCAGGGCACAUCUUUGGCAAAUUCAUCACGGAAAAAGCGAGCUUACCUGGCCAUGCGCCUGAACUACUUGGGGAACACACAUGCCAACAGGCUCCUGACUUGCGUAAUGCCAAAGUCAUCGCAAGAUGAUGUGAUCUUUGCUGACCUCCUUACGUUUAUGACCGCUGACAUUCUGGAAGUGAUGAACCAGGGAAUCAGACAUCCUGCAUCAGGUCAGUGCUACCGGGCAGUAUGCCUGAGCGUGUGUGGCGAUUGGCAGUUUUUAGCUAAGGCUGGCGGACUUUGCAGAACUUAUGCCAACACAGAGAAGAGACCACGCGGCCUCAACUCAUCCCCUAAGGGGAUCUGCCACCUGUGCCAAGCAGGGCAAGUUCAUUGCCCAUUCGAAGACUUCAGGACGGACAGAGAUCCUGCAUGGAAGCAAACCAUGUAUGCUCAAGAGCCAUGGGAGAGGACCCCAGAUCUUGCUCGGCUUCCACAUGUUCCAGGCCGUGCGCCGGCACUGUUUGCCUUUGACUUCUGGCACGCGUAUCACUUGGGAACAGGCAAGGUUUAUACUGCCACUUGCCUAGCUCUUAUCAGCGAGAAGAUGACUUCAAGAAACAUCGAUGGACGCUUCAGCGAGCUGUCAGCUGAAUAUGCAAACUUCUGUCAGGCAACACGCCAAAGCCCUUUCCUAAAGCAAAUCAGCAAGGAUACAGUUGGAUGGCCUGAUAAGAGCCACUACCCGAACGGCAUGUGGCACAAGGGUUCGGUUACAACAUCGUUAGGCCAGUUCAUUCAGUAUUGGCUGGAUCACGCAGACUUGUCAUCUGACCCGUUGCUGCAAUUGUGUCGAGAGGGCAUUCACCACAUCAACGAUUGCAUCCACCAACUCUACAGCCGCGAUGUUUGGCUAACCUCUGAGCAAGCCAUGAAUAUUUCCGCAUCAGGAUUGAGCUUCUUGCGAUGCUUCAUGCAACUGGCAGAAGAGAGCUAUCGACAGGACAAAUCACUCUUUAUCUUUAUGCCCAA